CAAGCAAUAUAUCAUCAAGUUCUUGCUAAGAAAAUCAAUUUCCAACAGAACUUGUUAAGCUUGAAGAAAAAAAAUUUAGAAAAUGGCCAUUGUUGGCACUCUUGUAGCUAUUGCAAUUGUUGCUUUAGCUUCUUCAUUAGCUUAUGCUUCUGAUCCCAGUCCUCUUCAGGAUUUCUGCGUCGCAGUCGAUGACGUCAAAGCUUCUGUAUUUGUGAAUGGAAAGAUUUGCAAGGAUCCGAAAAUGGUGACAGCGGAUGAUUUCUUCUUUUCCGGACUUAACAAGCCCGGAAACACAUCAAAUCAAGUCGGAUCAAAAGUGACUCCGGUGAAUGUAAAUCAAAUAGCAGGGCUAAACACUCUCGGCAUUUCUUUAGUACGUAUUGACUAUGCGCCGUAUGGCCAAAACCCCCCUCACACGCACCCUCGCGCAACUGAGAUUCUUGUUGUUGUCGAGGGCACUCUGUAUGUUGGAUUUGUGACUUCCAACCCAGCGGAUCCAAACCAGAAAAAUAAACUUUUUACGAAAGUUUUGUAUCCGGGAGAUGUUUUUGUGUUCCCACAAGGCCUUAUACAUUUUCAGUUCAACACUGGGAAAACUAAUGCCGUGGCGUUUGCCGGUCUCAGCAGCCAAAACCCGGGAGUGAUUACGAUUGCAAAUGCUGUGUUUGGUUCGGAACCUUCGAUUUCUUCUGACGUUCUUGCAAGAGCUUUCCAGGUCGACAAGAAUGUGAUCAAAUAUCUUCAAAGACAAUUCUAGUGGAACAACUAAGAAUAGAAUCGAUGAAUUUGUAUUCCUAUAUAGAAAAUCAUUUGUUAGUUAUUCAAACUGAAUUUUUACAAUCAUAUUCUUCAUUAAUUAUUAGAUUCAGUUGAGUAUGUAAUCUUUGAUUGGUUUCAAUUAUAUGAUGAAUUUAGUUCUUCUGUGCUUUCUAAAUA